AUGACGCUGCGGGGCGACGGGCGGCGGCCCGACGAGAAGCUGCAGGGCGACGGGCGGCAGCCCGUCGAGGAGAAGAAAUUGGGGCCUAACACCAACACUUCCUCCUCGCCUUCCUCCUCGCCUUUCUCCUCGCCUUUCUCCUCGCCUUCCUCCUCGCCUUCCUCCUCGCUUUCCCCUCGCCUUCCUCCUCGCAUUUCUCCUCGCCUUCCUCCUCGCCUUCUUCCUCGCCUUCUUCCUCGCCUUCCUCCUUGCCUAGCUCCUCGCCUUCCUCCUCGCCUUCCUCCUCGCCUUCCUCCUCGCCUUCCUCCUCGCCUUUCUCCUCGCCUUCCUCCUCGCCUUCCUCCUCGCCUUCCUCCUCGCCUUUCCCCUCGCCUUCCUCCUCGCCUUUCUCCUCGCCUUUCUCCUCGCCUUUCUCCUCGUCUUCCUCCUCGCCUUCCUCCUGCCUUUCCCCUCGCCUUCCUCCUCGCCUUUCUCCUCGCCUUUCUCCUCGCCUUCCUCCUCGCCUUCCUCCUCGCCUUCCUCCUCGCCUUCCUCCUCGCCUUUCUCCUCGCCUUCCUCCUCGCCUUCCUCCUCGCCUUCCUCCUCGCCUUCCUCCUCGCCUUUCUCCUCGCCUUUCCCCUCGCCUUCCUCCUCGUCUUCCUCCUCGCCUUUCCCCUCGCCUUUCCCCUCGCCUUCCUCCUCGCUUUCCUCCUCGCCUUUCUCCUCGCCUUCCUCCUCGCCUUCCUCCUCGCCUUCCUCCUCGUCUUGCUCCUCGCCUUUCUCCUCGCCUUCCUCCUCGCCUUCCUCCUCGCCUUCCUCCUCGCCUUCCUCCUCGCCUUUCUCCUCGCCUUCCUCCUCGCCUUCCUCCUCGCCUUUCCCCUCGCCUUCCUCCUCGCCUUCCUCCUCGCCUUUCUCUUCGCCUUUCUCCUCGCCUUCCUCCUCGCCUUCCUCCUCGCUUUCCCCCCGCCUUCCUCCUCGCCUUUCUCCUCGCCUUCCUCCUCGCCUUCCUCCUCUCCUUCCUCCUCGCCUUCCUCCUCGCCUUUCUCCUCGCCUUCCUCCUCGCCUUCCUCCUCGCCUUCCUCCUCGCCUUCCUCCUCGCCUUCCUCCUCGCCUUCCUCCUCGCCUUCCUCCUCGCCUUCCUCCUCGCCUUCCUCCUCGCCUUCCUCCUUGCCUUCCUCCUCGCCUUCCUCCUCGCCUUCCUCCUCGCCUUUCCCCUCGCCUUUCCCCUCGCCUUCCUCCUCGCUUACCUCCUCGCCUUUCUCCUCGCCUUCCUCCUCGCCUUCCUCCUCGCCUUCCUCCUCGUCUUCCUCCUCGCCUUUCUCCUCGCCUUCCUCCUCGCCUUCCUCCUCGCCUUCCUCCUCGCCUUCCUCCUCGCCUUUCCCCUCGCCUUCCUCCUCGCCUUCCUCCUCGCCUUUCCCCUCGCCUUCCUCCUCGCCUUCCUCCUCGCCUUUCUCCUCGCCUUUCUCCUCGCCUUCCUCCUCGCCUUCCUCCUCGCUUUCCCCUCGCCUUCCUCCUCGCCUUUCUCCUCGCCUUCCUCCUCGCCUUCCUCCUCUCCUUCCUCCUCGCUUUCCUCCUCGCCUUUCUCCUCGCCUUCCUCCUCGCCUUCCUCCUCGCCUUCCUCCUCGCCUUCCUCCUCGCCCUCCUCCUCGCAUUUCUCCUCGCCUUCCUCCUCGCCUUCCUCCUCGCCUUCCUCCUCGCCUUCCUCCUUGCCUUCCUCCUCGCCUUCCUCCUCGCCUUCCUCCUCGCCUUCCUCCUCGCCUUCCUCCUCGCCUUCCUCCUCGCCUUCCUCCUCGCAUUUCUCCUCGCCUUCCUCCUCGCCUUCCUCCUCGCCUUCCUCCUCGCCUUCCUCCUCGCAUUUCUCCUCGCCUUCCUCCUCGCCUUCCUCCUCGCUUUCCCCCCGCCUUCCUCCUCGCCUUUCUCCUCGCCUUCCUCCUCGCCUUCCUCCUCUCCUUCCUCUUCGCCUUCCUCCUCGCCUUUCUCCUCGCCUUCCUCCUCGCCUUCCUCCUCGCCUUCCUCCUCGCCUUCCUCCUCGCCUUCCUCCUCGCAUUUCUCCUCGCCUUCCUCCUCGCCUUCCUCCUCGCCUUCCUGCUCGCCUUCCUCCUUACCUUCCUCCUCGCCUUCCUCCUCGCCUUCCUCCUCGCCUUUCCCCUCGCCUUUCCCCUCGCCUUCCUCCUCGCUUACCUCCUCGCCUUCAUCCCGUUGUUCCCUGCUGCGCCCAUCACAGGGUCUUAUCAUGUGUCUCACGGCUUCUCAUAUUUUCCUCCCCUUUGCCCCUCACAGGACCUGAUUACGUGUCUGACCGUCUUCCCCCCCAACCCCAACCUCUUCCUCUCGCCUCUGCUAAAGCCAGCCCCACUACCAAAACCAAACCCCCUUGACCUCGUUUCCCUUCCUUUCCCCCUUUGCCCAUCACAGGACCUGAUCACGUGUCUCACAGUCUUCCCCCCCAACCCCAACCUCUUUCUCUCUGCCUCUCGGGACGCCACCAUUCGCCUCUGGGACCGCCGCGUUUCCAACGCUGUCGGUACGUGGAUGCACCACCCUUAG